UCAUUCAAGUCAAUUUUGGGUUAUGCGACAUCAGCUCUAUCCUAUUGUUGUGUAUGACAAGCUUUAGUGUAAUUGGGGAGAUUGUUAUAGCGUAAUUAAGAAAGUGUGUUAGCUGAAUCGACGAUGAUACAUUAAUGGGGCUAGAAAUAGCCUCAAAUCCGGCCAGGCCAUUAAUGGUUGUUUCUGUUUGGUGUGUGCGCCAAGAAUUGAGUUCUGACCAAAGAGGUGAUUUAGCAUUUCUGCUGAAUGGUAGAGACAUUCAGAGAUAGAGAAUAAAGAGAUAGCGAGAGAGGCGUGCGUGUAGUUUGUGAAACUCUUUAACAAAGUCCGACACCAUUACUCCCAUCUCAUCAAACCUAUACAAACACACCAAUAAUCACCUCCCUUUUCAUUUCUCCCCUUCUUAUUUUUCGUUAUCACACAUUUCAUACAAAAUCUGCACAACCACUUUUCUGUCGACGGUGCCGGAAUUGAAGGAGUGCUCAAAUGAAGAAGAUGAUGAGGAGGGCUUGGCAAACAGUAGCAGCAUAUGAAAUGUGCAUCCAAUGAAUUAGAUAACAAAACAAUUUAAUAUUUUAAGAAGUUCUAAAAAUAACCACACUUGACUCUCUCAUCUGAACUCUAACAUACACAGCGGACGGAAAUACCCUCAACCCCCUUUUUUGAGUUUCUCUCAAGCAAUCCCCAUUGAAGCAAAGCAGUCCACGAUCAUUCCUCGGCCGCCGUCACGGUUUAAUUGGGGAUUUUCUGUAUGGCUUCUUAUCACGGGAACACUCAUUCGGAACGAGCCAAAAUGGAACAGAUUAUCACCGAGUUUUUCGCCAAAAGCCUUCACAUAAUUCUCGAAUCCCGCUGCCCUUAUGUCUCGUCUCGCAAUUACAGCGGGGAGCAGGUUUUGUCCUCGCUGUCUCCCUCCUCUUCUUCCUCCUCUUCUUCCAGUUUUAGGCCUCGGGAUAAGUGGUUUAAUUUAGCACUUAGGGAUUGCCCUGCUGCCUUAGAGAACAUAGACUUUUGGCGCCAGAGUAACCUUGAGCCUAUGAUCGUUGAUGUUAUACUAUUGCAGAGGCCUAUUGAUUGGGAUCCUUUGAAUUUCUCCCCUAAAACAGGAUUUGUGUCGGGGAAGGAGAGGCAUUACUAUGGCUCGGAUAAUGAGGAGUUUGGGUGUGAAGGGAAGAAUGAGAGGAUUAUUGAGAGAUGGGUUUUACAAUAUGAGAGUAAGAAGAAUGGUGGCUCUACUGGGAGUAAGAAGAGGUCGAAUUGUACGAGCUCUCAUGCUUUGUACAAGAAGUCUAUACUGUUGUUGAGGUCUCUGUAUGCCACAGUUAGGCUUUUGCCUGCUUAUAAGCUGUUCCGGGAUCUCACUUCAUCGGCUCAUAUUAGGAUGUAUAAUCUUGCCCAUCGAGUUUCGUCUUUUGUUGAGCCGUUCACCCGCAGAGAAGAGGCAGAUAUGCAGCGAUUUGUAUUUACUCCGGUUGACACUUCUUGUGGCAGGCUUUGCCUCUCAGUCUUGUAUCGGUCAUCUGUAGUGGAUAUGGGUUCAGAUCCUUCAACUCCUAUAUCACCGCAGUUCAUUCCAGAAUAUGUUGGGAGUCCCAUGGCAGAACCACUGAAAAGGUUUCCUUCUGGUUUUGUAUCACAGAGCUCCCCAUCUUCGUCUCCAUUUGGAAGGAGGCACAGUUGGAGUUAUGACUUGUAUCGAGCAUCACCACCUUCAGCUAACCCCUCGCCUUCACCUUCGCCAACAUACUCCGAUUCCCAUGCCUCUUUAGCAAAACAGCGCUGCCGUCGUCUCCCACCACCAUCCUUGCCUCAUCACGUACCUGAUGAAACACUUGUCGCUUACAUGAAGACUCCAAGUUAUGAUGAGUAUUGGCCUUCCCCUGUGUUUUCACCAUCUCCAUCUCCAUCGCCACCCACCUAUGUUCCCAAUAGUCAUAUAUCUAAAGCUCUUUUGCGGUGUGAAAGUGCUCCUGUUAGCAUACCUGUGACGAAGCUUUCUAGCAUGCCUUCACUGCCGAACAAACAACUGAUGCCCCCUUCACCUCCCCUGAAAGCUACUCUACUAACAGCUGCUGAGAACAUUGCACAUGUGAGGCCAACCUCAACAACUGACAAGUUACUCUCGUUCAGCAAGGAUAGACUACACCAGAUAUCUGGGGCAAGACCAUCAGUGAAUAGCUCACCAUCUAAAUCAUUUUCCAGCAGGUUAUCAUUUCAGGAUGAUUAUGAUGAUGGACCGUUUGUCGUUGAGGAUGACGAAAUACUCGAUCCAAGUUCCAGGUCAGGUUUGUUUGAGCUGCCAGGACAUCCGAAUGAGCCCGGGGGUACUUUAUUUGUUAAAAGAUCACAAGAUGCUGCUGUCGGUGCUCUUGUUCGUAUGCUGAACAAAGCACCACCUCUUCACCAAGAUCUACAGGGCUCCACGCUUCAGACACCGACCAACAGUGUCAAGGACACUACUGAAAUAUCUGAAGAGCCAAGAGUCCAGCAGUCUUCUGCUUCAAAUAUUGUGUCAUCUGGGCUUGGGCUUGUGACAUCCAAGACUACAGCUAAUGCUCUGGAGGAGCUCCAUGGCUACAGAAAAAUGAAAGAUUCGUUGCUUAAAUUAAAGUAAAUCCUGAGGUCUCAGCUCUGCUAAGCGAGUUCAAGCACGUAUUAAGUUAUGGUCAUCCCUAUAGUAAAGAUCUAUCUGUACAGAAUGUGUUUGCCAUGGUUCGUUUGAUUUUGUUUCAAGAUCUUGGUGAAAUCGUCCAUUUUCUGUGUACAUAUAUGAUUUUGACAGUGAGGCCAGAUUUGGCGUCUGAUCUAACUACCAAAGUUGGGUAAAAAACUUAUUGUAAAGGUUGGUUAAAUUAUGUAUAUAAAGUUGUGUAUAUAGAGUUGUAUAA